UGCAGUUUUUACAACGGAAACUAUCACUCCACUGUCAGAAUGUCAUCCAAAACAUUGAGGUCACUAUGGCGCAGCAGAAGCUUUUUGAGGUCAGCUCUAAAUAAUAGACAUGUCCGAACUGCAAAUAUUCGAUGUCUUGGCUCAGCUGCGGCAGAUCUACACAUCGGCCACCCUCAGUUGUUACAGCCUCCAGUUGACUUAUUGUCAGAGGAUGAACAGAUGAUGAAAGACUCUGUGGCAAAACUGGCUGUCGAGAAGAUUCUUCCCCUUGUUAGACAGAUGGACGCAGAGAGCAAAAUGGAUCAGUCUGUUAUUGAUGUGUUGUUUGAAAAUGGGCUUUUUGGAAUUGAGAUUGAAUCAGAAUACGGAGGGUCGAAUUCCACUUUCUUUGUUGCAAACUUGGUUAUAGAAGAGCUGGCGAAAGUAGAUCCUUCAGUGAGCGUGAUGAUUGAUGUACACAAUACACUGCUUGUUACUCUGAUGAGGAAAUUGGGAACACAGGAACAGAAAAAUAAAUAUCUGCCACGGAUGGCUACGGAUAUGAUGACCAGUUUCUGCCUGUCUGAGGCAGAUUCAGGUACAGAUGCCUUUGCCAUGAAGACAUCAGCUGUCAAACAGGGCGACCACUAUAUCCUGAAUGGCACGAAACUCUGGAUCACAAACGCUGAACACGCCGGGGCAUUCUUUGUGUUUGCAAAUGCCCAGCCUACUGCAGGCUACAAGGGUAUCACUUGUUUCAUUGUUGACCGUGACACAGAGGGCCUUACAGUUGGGAAAAAAGAGGAUAAACUCGGUAUACGGGCCUCAAGCACAUGUCCCAUUCACCUCGAGAAUGUGCGGGUACCAGAAACAAACAUCCUCGGAGAGUUUGGCAAGGGAUAUAAAUACUGUAUUGAAGUGCUGAACGAGGGCAGGAUCGGCAUUGGUGCACAGAUGCUUGGACUUGCAGAGGGUUGUUUCAAUGCCACUGUUCCAUACACGAGAGAGAGGAAACAGUUUGGGAAAAGAAUUUGUGAUUUCCAGUCCAUGCAACAUCAGAUCGCAUAUGUUGCCACCCAGAUUGAAGCCGCUAGACUGCUUGUGUACAACGCAGCUCGGAAAAAGGAGGCUGGCCUGUCAGUAAUCAAGGAAGGAUCGAUGGCUAAAUAUUUUGCUUCUGAGGUUGCUGCGCUAACUACCACUAAAUGCAUCGAAUGGAUGGGCGGAGUAGGUUUUACUAAGGAUUACCCAAUUGAAAAAUUCUACAGGGACUGUAAAAUUGGAGCAAUUUACGAAGGAACUUCCAACAUUCAAAUGAGCACCAUAUUUAAAUGCCUGGAGCAAGAGGCCCACAGGUCCUGAGCUGGGGUUUCUUGGGAGAUGUUCUGGGCCCAAAGGUCUUGAGCUGGAGUUCUUCAGGAGAUAUUCUGACACAUACUCAUUGUUAACUAGUCUGUUUUUUAAGUAAAAAAGAUGAAGUUUUUAUCAUAGAUUUAAUGUCAUCAUUGUAGUGCAAAAUCUUUGACUUUGGCCAUAACAACUUUUUUUUACAGAUGUUGAAAUGAAACUUGGAACACAAGUUGCCACAGACAAUACACAUGUAUAUAGCACCCGUAGUGCUCUUGAUUUAUUGUAAUGUAAGAGGGGGUAAUUUCUGCUUGUCAAUUAACUUAUUAGUUUUGGAUUAACAUCUAGCAGGGGGCUGCAUGAAUAAACUAAAUUGCAAUGAAAAUGGUGUCAGAAUAAUGCAUAAAGAUACUUUUUUUACCAGUAAAUAUCAUGUGUUUGCAGUGUUUUGCCUUCAUUUAAUGACUGGCAAUAAGUUCAAGGAUUUUUAAAAGAAAACCCAGAUAUACAAAACAAAAAUGUUAUUUUUUAAGAGUAGAAAUAUAUUCUAAUCAUGUGUUGAAAUAAGCAACUUGUAUACUUCAAAGUAGAACUUUUUGUUUUGCUGUAGUUCAUUCAUAUGUGGAAACUGACAUAACUAUUGAAGUGAAAGUUAUUGUCUCAUAAUUUAAAUUUAAUUUAAAUUGUUUUGCGUUGAUUCAUUCAAAAGUUAGUUCCUUUAUUAUUGAAAUCAUGAUUGUUUUGUAAUCUUCUCUUUUUAUUUUCAUUAUUACCAGAGUAUGGAAUUUAGUUUUAAAUAAUGUACUGUAUUUCAAUUUGCUCGAGUAAAACUGGUCACAUGUGUUUUCCAUUUGAGAAAAUCAUAACAAAUAAAGGGCAUUGUUGUUGAUGAGACAAUGUUUACGGCAUUUAAUUAACUAUUUAUAUUUUAAAUAAUUUUAUGAAAUGACACAUGUGAAUCUCUUACAUGUUUUUACUUUUACCAAUGUGUUGUUACAUAAAACAUGAACAAAUAAAAUCAUAUAAAGUA